ACGACGAAGACCAAAGAAAAAAAAAAAAAAAAAAAAUCUUAUAAACUCCAUUCUCUCUCUCUCUCUCUCUCUGAAUAUCACAGUGAAAAUUUUUCCUUUCGAAAUUGAAACACGAAGAUUGCUCUCCAAAGCGAUAAUCUUCUAUAGUUAUAGCAGCAGCAAAGACGAAGCGCGAUGGCUCUGAAUUUGAGCUUGAGGUUGAGCUUGGCUCAUCUAGCCUACGCGCUUUUGAUUUUUCUCUACUGUUCUUCUUCUUCUUCUUCAUCCUCAGCCGUUGAUCUCCUCCAAGGCUCAACCAAUCCUCGCCGUCCGAUGAUCCUCCCUCUCUAUCUCUCUUCCUCUAAAACUACCUCCUCCUCCACCUCCGAUCGCGUCGUCGCCGAUCACAAUCGUCGCCAGCUCCGCAACUCGCCGCCUCCGCCGAACGCUCGCAUGCGACUCUACGACGAUCUCCUUGCGAACGGUUACUAUACGACGAGGCUAUGGAUUGGAACGCCACCACAGGAAUUCGCGCUGAUUGUGGAUACUGGAAGCACUGUGACCUAUGUUCCGUGCUCGAACUGUGGACACUGUGGGAAACAUCAGGAUCCCAGGUUCCAGCCAGAGUUGUCUGGUACAUAUCAACCAAUGAAGUGCAGCGUUAGUUGUAAUUGUGACAGUAAUGAUGCUCAAUGCACUUACGAGAGACGGUAUGCUGAGAUGAGCUCUAGCAGUGGGGUGCUUGGUGACGAUGUUCUUUCCUUCGGCAAUGAAAGUCAACUUGUGCCUCAGCGUGCUGUUUUUGGUUGUGAAAUCAAGGAAACCGGUGAUCUUUACACCCAGCGUGCUGAUGGCAUCAUGGGUUUAGGACGGGGUCGGCUUAGUGUGAUGGAUCAACUAGUGGAUAAGGGUGUUAUUAGUGACUCAUUUUCGUUAUGUUAUGGUGGGAUGGAUGUAGGUGGGGGUGCUAUGAUUCUUGGCGGCAUUUCUUCUCCUCCUGAUAUGGUAUUUACCCAUUCAGACCCUUAUCGCAGUCCAUAUUACAAUAUCGAUUUGAAGGAAAUACUUGUUGCUGGGAAGAAAUUGAAGUUAAAGCCAAGCGUCUUUGAUGGAAGGCAUGGAACAGUCUUGGAUAGUGGAACUACAUAUGCCUACCUUCCAAGAGAAGCUUUUCUUGCAUUUAAGAGUGCUGUGAUGAAGGAAACUCGUUCCCUCAAACAAAUCCAUGGUCCAGAUCCAAAUUUUAAUGAUAUUUGUUUUUCUGGUGCUGGAAGGGAAGUUUCCAAACUAUUGGAAGUUUUUCCUCAGGUUGAUAUGGUAUUCAACAGUGGAAAAAAGUUGUCACUGUCUCCAGAGAACUACUUGUUCCGGCAUACAAAGGUUAGUGGUGCAUAUUGCUUGGGAAUUUUUCAAAAUGGAGAUGAUGCAACUACUCUUUUAGGAGGGAUUGUUGUUCGUAACACCCUUGUGACUUAUGAUCGUGAGAACGAUAAGAUUGGCUUCUGGAAGACCAAUUGUUCUGAAUUAUGGAAGAGUUUGCAUUACAUUGAUCCUUCAACCCCAUCUCCUUUGCCACCAAAAAGCCAGAGUACAAAUGUAAGCAUUCCUCCUACUGUAGCUUCUGGUGGAUUGCCUCAUGCCCCAGCCCCAGCCCCAGAUGGAUUGCUUCAUGCUGUUUUUCCAGGUGAAUUUCAAAUUGGACUGAUAACAUUUGAUAUGAGUCUUAGCAUCAACAACUCCUAUAUGAAACCCAAUAUUACAGAGCUUACCGAGUUUAUUGCCCAGGAGCUAGAUGUUAAAGCUUCUCAGGUUCAUUUAUUGAGCUUCAACUACAAAUCAAAUGUUUCCCUUUUCAAAUGGGCUAUCUUCCCAGAUGAAUCAGCUGAUUACAUAUCUAAUACCACAGCGAUGAGUAUAAUUCAGCGCUUAAGGGGACAUCAUAUGCGACUUCCUAAGAAAUUUGGAAGUUAUCAGCUUGUUGAAUUGAAUGUUAAGCCCCCAGUGAAACCAACUUGGUGGAAACAAAACUAUUGGGCAGUGGCUGUUGGAGCAUUAGUUACCCUGGUUCUUGGACUUUCAAUUUUUGGGGCAUUGUUAAUUUGGAGAUCUAGACACACAGAAUCUAGUUCAUAUGAGCCUGUUAAUGCCGCUGUUCCAGAGCAAGAGCUUCAGCCACUUCAAACUUCAACAGGGCUUGAUGGUUUAUAGUGUAUAUAGUCUUCUUAACUUAGUGGGUAAUUAUUGUUCUGGAUAGCAUCAAAUUUGACUAUUCAAGCUAUUGAUUUCAAGGUGACGGAAUCAUUGAUCCCUCCAUUGUUGUAUAAUGAAAAAGAAAAUGAAAAAGCGGAUAGAAAAAGUAGUUGCUGAGGAAAAGAUCAUAGUUUUUGACAUUAAUGUAUGUAGAAAGUUACAUUUUGAUCGAAUAAAACAAUUACAAGAUAUUGUCAUUAUGCAAAAUAA